AGAUCUGGAGAUGUCGGAGUUACAAGAAGUUCAGAUCACAGAAGACAAUGCUCUUUUUCAGGACCCUUUAAAGGCAGCUGAAUUGGCUGCAAAAUUAAUGUGCGUACAAGAGCAGAAGCACUCUAUUGAGACUCCCUAUGGGAUGGUGACGGUCACAAUUCAUGGCAGCCCCAAACCCAAGCGUCCAGCGAUAGUAACAUUCCAUGAUGUGGGGAUGGACCAUAAAAUGUGUUUUGAAACACUGUUUAAAAACGAGGACAUGUAUGAGAUAGUGAAGAAUUUCGUUGUGUGCCACAUUGAUGCUCCAGGACAAGAGGAGGGGGCUGCUGUCUACCCCGUUGGAUAUCAAUACCCAUCACUUGAUCAGCUGGCAGAAACCAUCCCUUGCGUGCUGCAGUACCUUAAUUUCCCCAGUAUUAUUGGAAUUGGUGUUGGUGCUGGAGCCUAUGUCUUUGCCAGAUACACGCUUGCUCACCCCAAUACAGUGGAAGGUCUAGUUCUCGUUAAUAUUGACCCAAAUGCCAAAGGUUGGAUGGACUGGGCAGCACAUAAGCUUUCAGGCCUGACAUCUUCCAUCCCGGAAAUGAUUCUCUCUCAUCUCUUCAGUGCAGAAGAGCUUUCAAGCAACUCAGACAGUGUGCGUCAGUACAAAACCGCCAUCUUAAGCUCCCCCAUCGUCAGCAACAACCAGCUGUACUGGAACAGUUACAAUAGUCGCCGGGAUUUGAACUUGGAGCGUGGUGGAGAUGUCACCCUAAAAUGUCCUGUGAUGCUAGUAGUUGGUGAUCAGGCUCCUCAUGAGGACGCAGUGGUUGAGUGCAACUCAAAACUGGAUCCAACACAGACCUCAUUCUUGAAGAUGGCGGAUUCUGGCGGACAGCCACAGAUUACACAGCCUGGGAAGCUUGCAGAAGCAUUCAAAUACUUUGUACAGGGAAUGGGAUACAUCCCCCACAUCCUGGAUAAGAAGCGCAGUAUGGGUGGCUUCCUCUUGUAUGACUCGUCUGUCUCGCUCCCGCACCGCCUCUCUUUCCAGCGAGGGGAAUCGCUCACGCUCUCUCGUACCCUCUCCCAGAGCAGCGAGUCGGGGGGAGGACCAACAGGAACGUUCACGGAGGUGACCUGCUGAGAAGUCGCGACGCGGGGGACAUGUGA